CCUUCUGACUGGUACCCGAAGGUAGACAUAAAGGAACGGAGGAAGUCAAUGAACUCUGAUUUUCAUGACGAUCUCUUGACAUCAGAAUUCCCUUUUUGUAUCUACACGUGUAUCCUCUGAUCCUGUGGAGAUGAAAAUUGACAUCCACACUCAUAUUCUACCAAAGGAAUGGCCUGAUCUGGAAAAGAGGUUCGGCUAUGGAGGCUGGGUGCAGCUCCAGCAGCAAGGCAAGGGAGAAGCAAAGAUGAUGAAAGACGGGAAGGUCUUCAGAGUGGUCCAACAGAACUGCUGGGACCCGGAAGUUCGUAUCAAAGAAAUGGACCAGAAAGGAGUGACGGUGCAAGCUCUUUCCACGGUUCCUGUCAUGUUUAGCUACUGGGCCAAACCUAAGGAUACUUUGGAGCUGUGCCAGUUUUUAAACAAUGACCUAGCUGCCACUGUUGCCAGAUACCCUCGAAGGUUUGUGGGUUUGGGAACGUUGCCUAUGCAAGCCCCAGAGCUGGCCGUCGAGGAGAUGGAGCGUUGCGUGAGGGAGCUAGGAUUUCCUGGAGUCCAGAUUGGCUCCCACAUCAACAUGUGGGACUUGAACGACCCAGAACUCUUCCCUGUCUAUGCGGCGGCCGAGAGGCUGAACUGUUCUCUGUUUGUGCAUCCCUGGGAUAUGCAGAUGGAUGGACGAAUGGCCAAAUACUGGCUGCCUUGGCUCGUAGGAAUGCCAUCGGAGACCACUGUGGCCAUUUGCUCCAUGAUCAUGGGUGGGGUGUUUGAGAAGUUUCCCAAACUCAGAGUGUGUUUUGCACAUGGAGGUGGUGCUUUCCCUUUCACGGUGGGAAGAAUCGCCCAUGGCUUCAACAUGCGCCCAGAUCUCUGUGCCCAGGACAAUUCAUAUGACCCCAGGAAAUACCUUGGCUCCUUCUACACAGACUCCCUGGUUCACGACCCUCGCUCUCUCAAGCUGUUGACAGAUGUCAUAGGAAAGGACAAAGUCAUUCUUGGAACUGAUUACCCAUUUCCACUAGGUGAGCAGGAACCUGGGAAAUUGAUAGAGUCCAUGGGAGAAUUCGACCAAGAAACAAAGGAUAAACUCACAGCUGGAAAUGCCUUGGCUUUUUUGGGUCUUGAGAGAAAACUAUUUGAAUGUCAAAAUUAGCCACGAAAAAAAAAAAACCUUCCAAGAAGCUACAUCACUUCUGUCUCUGAACAUGAGUCACACACACAUCGCUAGAAUUCUAUUUUGAAUUAUGUUACCCCAAAAUGGAAUAUCCUCCUCAGGACAAUUCAGGAGGAUCGGGAAUCCAAGUUCCAGACCAGUCUGCGCUACUUGAGACUGUCUUUUAUAAAGGGUGGCGGUGGUGGUGGUAGAAGGGGGAUAUUAUUCCCAAAUACUCUAUCUUAUUAAAAUCAAGAUGUUUCAUAA